AUGAACCUCAACUAUGGUAUUAUAGUCUCUGUGGUCUACUAUAUUCUACCAGUUCAGGGCGUACUCCGCUGUUUCUCAGGUCAGUUUUUUUCUGGAAAAUCAAACUAAUAAAAACUCAGGACACUCACAAUAUGCGACUCAGUGCACAUCUCAAUCCUAUUGUGUCUCUAUCACAUCAAAGACCGGACCUGUUCAAAGAUCGUGUGAUGGUGAUUGUUGCUUUUCACUUCGUAACGUUAGAUAUUAAAAUUUGAGGCAAUUCAAUCUCUCAAAUCUCAUUGUGCUCCAUGUACGCUAUGCAUGGAAUCCCGAGGACCGUGCAGACCGAUUACUCCAAUUUCCCCAUCUCUCUAGGUGGCCCAGCUUCACAGGGUUCGAGUUUUGCAUUUAGUCAACUUUGAAAUUUCGCUUGACUGCGUGGCAAGUCGUGUAGAGAAGACUGAACAUUUGUGCAGGACUUUUAACGAAAGCCCAGACAGAGGCAUACGGUGAUACUAAAAUAUUCUUAAAAUAAUAAUUUACUUUAGCCGGAUCUCUAUCAAAAAUCUCAUCCACAUCGUCCCGCAGUUCUCGCCGAGCCCCAAUGCAAAUGUGCUUUAACGCCGGAGAUCUGGGAGACAUUUGUUGCUGCAACACAGACUUCUGCAACUCUUCCCGUUCAACCCUAGUAUUUUCAACUCUUGUGUUUUUUUCACUUUUUAUUAUUAUUUAG